UCGAGUCAACUGCUUACCCUCAAGCAUGUCCUCAAAGCCACAGUUCCGCAGUUCCAACAAGGCUGCGAAGCGCAAGCUCUCCCAAAGCGACGAUAUGGCGCUGUUGCAGCUCUCGCUGAUGGAGACUGCGUCGGCUACACCCACUCCAGUGCAGUCCCGUGCCAAUUCGCCGGAAUGUGUUUACUAUGCCCUGCAGCAAGAGGAGCAUCUGCCCAGCAGCAGUGGCAACAGCUGCCGCUAUCAGGCCAUGGUAGCAGCUGAUAAGCAGCCAUCAGCCACAAAGACCAAAAAGCACUCACAGCAGUCAUUGCAUAACCAGCAUCAGCACCAGCUUCAGCUUCAUCCGCACGAGCAACAGCAACAGCAAAAGCAGUCGUUGCCACAACAAAUGGAACACGAUGGCCAAAAUCUGUUGCAGUGAGCGGUAGAGGAGGGCGGCACUGGGACAAAAUAGUGAAAGAACGAAUUUGUUUCCCACUUUUCAUCAAUAAAAAUUCCAAUUCGAGUUUAUUAUCGGCCGUUCGACAAACGCGCCUCACUUAAACUCAAUUUGUCGCCAUCACGUGGCCAAUUAGCACGCAACAAA